AGCACAUGUACCCACACAUUCACAUAGCCAUACCUCCAUAGCCAGCCAUCAAUGGUGUCAUUUUGCUGAGCAUUCAUAGCGUAAAUCACAAUCACUUUUGUGUUUUCAAAAACCACUUUUUGAGCCAAACUUCAGUUUAUAAGUACCUAUUAUUUUGUGUGUGACCACUAACUCAUCGGAUCUAUACAUUAUAGUAGACAUGGAGGGCGAUGGAGACGAUGAGUAUCACGGGGGUGGCGGGUCCGGUGCCUCGGCUACCUAUCCCGUGCAGUGCUCGGCGUUACGCAAGAAUGGCUUCGUUAUGAUUAAGGCCCGGCCCUGUAAGGUGGUCGAGAUGUCCACGUCCAAGACCGGCAAGCAUGGACACGCCAAGGUUCACUUGGUGGGCAUCGACAUAUUCACCAAUAAGAAGUACGAGGAUCUGUGUCCGUCGACCCAUAACAUAGACGUGCCUAACGUGAGCCGC